AUGAGCAAGAUUCACAUGCACCCAGAGGACUAUGUGCAUGAUUUUUUCAAAAAAGCACUAUAUAUUGAAGCAUACAAAGACAUAGUGUACCCUGUCCCUGGUCCUGAAUUCUGGCCUGACACCCAUACUCCUGAUAUUGAGCCCCCAGUGUUCAAAGAAAAAGCAGGCAAAAAACAGACAGCUAGGAGAAAGGGGCAGUUUGAGGUGCCUGCUCCAAAGGACACAAGCAGGAUGGGAACAAUUACAUGCAGCAAUUGUGGUCUACAAGGCCACAUAUAUACUAAUUGUGGGAAAGCUCUAAAACCUAGUCUUGAGAUGAGAAAGAACUUACACCAGGAGAAUAGAGAAAUUUUUAGUUCUAGUGCUACACAUCCACCUCCACAACCACCACCUCAACACCAAACUACACAGAUGCCAGCAUCAUCAGCUCCACCUCCUAAAGCAAAUAAGAGAGGUUCAACAUCAACAGUUUCAGCAGGAGCAGCCAGGUCUUCACCAGCACCUGCAACAGGAUCUGCAUCAACAAGAGCUGCAAGAACAAGAGGACCAGCAUCUACAAGAACAUUCAAUGCACCAAGAACAUCCACAGGAGAACCAGGGAUAUUGGCAGGCAAGAGGAAGAGGAAACCUCCUAGCAAGUUUGCAUCCUAUUUCAAUGCUAGUGGAAACUAUUGA